GUCCACAUGGAAAAAUGGUGGCUACUUGAGAAGCGUUUGCAUUACAACGGACAGUUAAACAACAGUAAAUGUUGUUAUUGCGUUCUACAUACGUUGAAGAUAUACACAACGACAAAGUCAACGGAGUCCGUUGUUUUAGGGACCGCUGUUUUUGCAGUUGAGCUUCCAGCUGGCUUCACACAGACCUGAGUCAGGUGGAGGCGGAGCCACUUUAACCAGAAAUGUCGGAGAAGGUGCAGAAGGCCUUCAGGGUGCAGCUGUCCUCUGUCAUGGACUCCCUGCUCACAGCUGCCGUGUGUGAGAUCGCCAAGAUCUUUGAGGGCAGUCUGAAUGAGCAGCAGGAGGAGUUGACACAGAAAGGAGAUGAGAUCUGUGCCUUGAUGGAGAAGCUGAAGCAGGCGGAGAGGAGGUUGAAGGAGGGAGCAAAAGGAGGAGAGGACCCGGACAAUACCUCUGGACGAACAGUCUUUUCCAUGACUGCAAGUUCUGAGAUAGAAGUACCCGAUUGGUGUGAGCCCCUUCAGUCAGAAGAUUCCUUAAUACCGCCCUCAAAGAUCAAAAGGGAAAAUGAGUGGUCAUGUGUGGACCUGCGACCACUGAGUGUGUCUCUAUGGCGCAUCCCUAACAUCAAAAUAGAGCAGGCUGAAGAUUUUGAUGACCACCUGCUGACGGCCCUAGCCAGGAGUCCUCCACGAAAAGGGUUGGCUGCGGAGUGGUUGUUAAACAGACAGUUAAGAGACUUACCUGAUCUGAGUGCGACCGGGUCAGGGUACAGUCAUGUUUCAGUGGGACGCGGUCGGGGCCAGGGGCUGAGGAAGACCCAUGGUCGUCUGCUGCCCAUGUUCGAACAAGAAAACCCGGAACCCCAGAGCAACCCGGAACCCCAGAGCAACGACCUAUCAAACAAGAAUGUCUUAAGUCACCACACAAGACAAGGAAAAGAUAGUGACUUACAAAACAAACACAGUGAGGGGAGUCAUGGGAACAUGAGUGACGUAGUGAAGAAGGUAGGGAGGAGAAGAAAGCAUUUCAUAAUGGAACCUGAUGCGGACGGACAAGCGGUAAUCAGUGGAACUGACAAGAGUUUCAGCUGCAACUACUGUGGGAAGGGCUUUGGCCGUGAGUUUGGUCUUUCUGUGCACAUGAGGUCUCAUAAAAAAGUGAAAAUCAAGGGGACAUACAAAUGUCCUAAGUGUCCCAAAAAGUUUCAGUACCCAAGUGCUCUUAGUGUGCACACGCGGGACAACCACGAGAAGAGCGAACCUUGCUCCAGCGUCAAAGAAAUUUCAGACUCAGUCAAGCACGAAGUGACACCCCUCUCCCCCAGCAGAGCCAAGCCUACUUCCUGCGACAACAAACCUCUCUCUGCCAGCAAGGCUAAACCUCUCUCCCCGAAAGACAAACCUGUGUCCCCAAACAAUAAAGCUGGCACACCCAAAGAAAGCAGCACACAUCCAAAAGGGUAUUCUUGUUACAUUUGCCACAAGAAAUACACUUCUGCACAUUCCCUGCGGGACCAUGGGCGUAUUCACACAGGUGAGAGGCCAUACCCUUGUAACCAGUGUGGGCAGAGGUUCCGUGUAAAGCAGUUCCUGAUAUUACACUUGCGUAAAGCCCAUGCGGAUGUGUACGGGGGUGAGGAGAGCAGCGGAGACCUCUCCUGGACUGCACCAGUGGAGGAACCCAUGGCAAACGGUGCGGAGCAGCAACCUGCCAUCAAGACAAAAUGCAAAGAUGAUCGACGAGCAGACGGCCUGUUCCAAUGCACAGUGUGUAAAAUUCUGCUAAGUUCACAGAUUAGCCUCGUUCAACACUUCUGCAUCCAUACAGGUGAGAAACCACUGAGCUGCGAAGUGUGGCAAGAAAUUCCGCUGCCAUCCCGUCUUGAUCAGCCACUGGAGGUCCGCCCACCCGGGAAAGAAGCACUGGUGCCUGAAGUGUGUGAAGCAAUUAGAGACAAUGGCAGAACUUAAUAGACAUUUGCUACAAGUUCACCAGUUCAAGAAACAGAUCCUGCUGUCCUUGCUGUAGCAGGACUUUCCACAACAGUAAUUACCUUAGGAUCCACUAUGAAACUGUCCAUGCCUGAGUCCACAUGGCUCCGCCCAGUCAAAUUGGAGUAUUCAGUAGGGCCGGGGGUCAACUCCAAUUACAUUCAGGAGAUACGUUUGUUACGUCUAUUUUCAGUUAAAUUUGGGAUUUGAAAAGGGCUGUUCAUUUUCAACAAAGGUUUUUGUAAUCAUUGACUGAAGAAAAAGGAAUUGACCCCAACCCUAGUGCCCCAUGAACUAACAUGAUGCUGAGAGAGGAUGACGAAAGAGAACUCAACUUGAUAUGGUGAUCAAUCUGUUGUCUUGUGGGUAGCAGGUUCUCAGCUGAUCACUUUUUUUAAAGUCAGUGCCAGACUGGUUUAUGAUGAUUUUAAAAGUCUUGGGAGCAUGGUUUUUGUUUGAUGUUUUUGUUCCAUGUAAAUGUGUCUAUUCUGUAUUAUGACAAAUGUAACAUUAAUUGUACUGUAUAUUCCCCCUGUUAAGAAAGUCACAGGGCAGAGAAGACCCAUGUUUCAGUCUCUUCUGAUAAUAUUCGUUUGCUCCAACUGCUUUUUUUAAAACAAAUUAAAAUCAGACAUUACUGGA